AUUGACAAUAACAUAAUAAUAUGUCAAAAUUAUAGUGAUUUAUUAAUAAAAUCAUUAAAUGAAAAUCAAAUAAGUGGCAAUUCAAAAAGCACUGCUUUUUGUAAGAAAAUAUGUUGCUUCAAGAUUUAACCAAAUGUGUAAAUAAAAGGAGACAACCAUGUUAAAAAACACAUUCUUAUUUGUAUUUAUGUAUUUCAUAAUAUCUGCAAAAUAUCACACAAAUGGUUUAAAAUGUGAACUAAAAGGGUUGGUAAAUAACAGAGUACAGUGUAUACUCCAUGACCGAGGAAUCAACCCCUUCGAUACAAGCGAAAACAGCACCGCUCGACUAUUGAAAAAAAUGCAAAAAGAUAGGGAAAAACCAAAAGCAGUCAUUUGGAAACACACUUUUGGUCUGGAUUCAAACAAAACUUUUUUCCCCGGAAAUGACCCAAACGAAUUCAAAAAACACAUUCGUGCCACCAUCCCAGGCACUAGGUGGUGUGGAGAUGGAGACAGAGAGGGUGCCUUAUCCUACGAUGAUUUAAUGGUGUUUCUCCGCACCGAAAACUGUUGUAAAACACAUGAAGCGUGCGUUUUGGUCAUUGAAGGCAAGGAAAGUAAAUACAAAUUAAUAAAUGAGGGAUUAUUGAGGAGAUAUCACUGCGAAUGCGAAAAGAAAUUCCGCGAGUGUUUGAAAAAUGCCCGAAAUAAUAUUGCAAAUAAAAUCGGAUUCACGUAUUUCACCCUUUUUGGGCCGCAGUGUUUCAGGGAAGAUUUUCCAAAAACAAACUGUACAAAAACGAUAAUGGGUAGAUGUGCCGAUUAUGCGUAUGAGAAAGAAAAAGAUAAAAAAUACCAGUGGUUUGAUAUUGCGACGUAUCACUGAAUUAUUGAGUUAUUGUAAUAACAGUGUAUAAUUAUUUUUUGACAGUUUUUUGUUCAGAAUUCACGUGAAAAACGGAAAAUAACUCAUGAUUUGUAAUAAAUAUCCAUUACGGAACA